GAUUGCAAAUACUAAGUGUUAUAUGCACACUUAUAGUCUGUUCAGUCUUUUUAGAAUAGUACUGAUUUACUGUGAUAGCCGUGCUAGAUUGCAGUGAUCAAGGCCCGGUUGUUUUUUUUUUUUUUUAAUGGUACGGUCCGAAUCAUGCUGUCAGAGAAACUAUGCCAUGUUCCUUUUUUCUUAAGUUCAUUCGUAAAUAUAGAUUCACUCGCCAACCCAGGUCACGUGUUCGCGAUAGAAAGGAAGAUCCUGCUUUGUCUGCCAUUUCCGUUCACAAGAAAUUUCCGGUCAAAUAAACGACUUUUACGAAGGUUUUCUUCAAAAAGUGAAUGAGGACACAACUAUAUAUAGAUACAGAAUUUUCUGAACAUGGAGAAUGGGGAAGACACAAUUACAGUUACCAUGACUGAAGAGGGCUACUUGUCCAUGACAACAUCACAGACAGAUGAUCAGGAGAUAUCUGAUGAGCCGGCUGUUAAACGAAUUCGUCUGGACACUGACAAUGAAACAGCACAGGAACUGACUACACAUGAAGCUGUACAAGAUGUUCAUGUGCAGGAGGUUCAAAUUGCACAAGACUUUGCAAGCGAAAUUCCAGAUUCAAAUGAACAAGUUGUUUCAUCAGAAGGCAUCGUAUAUGAGGAAGAGAACAUUUCUCAACAGGCAGCUCCAUCAUAUCAAAAUUUGAUUAUACAGCACAUGGAUAUUGCAGAGCCCCUAUCUACACUCAAAUCACUGUUGGAGUUAAGAUUGCAGUGUACCCUAAGCGACCAUCAAUUUUACCUCCAGGACACGAUUGAGUUAGACACCAGUAAAAGUCUAGUAGAUCAGUGUGUACAGGGAGAAGGAAUGGUGCAGAUCAACCUGGAAGUAAAAUCUCAACCAGGUGUUAAACCCAAGAUAAAUAUUGUUGACAUUUUAAAGCCAGCAGAUGAAGUGGAGGCUCAACAGAUUGAACAAGAGGCAGCUCCUGCACCCCAACCCACACAAACAACACAAAUCAAGUCUUCACAACAGAAGGUGGUUAUUCCCCUUCCUGAGGAAUCGGAAAAUGUCACCAGAUGGAUUGUUGACCAGAAUUUUAGACGAGAGCAAGAUAGACUAAAAAUACCUUUUGAUCCUGUUCAAUGGAGCGAGAUUCAUGUUAAACACUGGAUAGACUGGGCUAUUAGGGAGUUCAAACUAGUAGGUGUAAACCCAGAAAACUUCAGAAUAUCAGGAAAACAGCUGUGUGAACUGACACACCCAGAGUUUGUAAAACUCAUCCCAAAUGACAAGGGGGACAUUUUCUGGACACAUCUUGAACUCCUGAGGAAAUGCAAAUUUGUUGCUGUUAUGCAGACACCAACACCACAUGCUAUCACUACUAUCACAGUUUCAACAUCAGGACAAGAUGGAAGAGCUAAGCAGUACAAGCAAAAUCGUCCUAGAUCACCCAGAAUAACAGGGGAUGAAAGGCUUUCUCCUGGAAACAGAACUGGUAACAAUGGUCAGAUACAGCUAUGGCAGUUUUUACUGGACUUAUUAACUGACAAAGAUUGUAGAGAGGUGAUACAGUGGAUAGGAGAGGAGGGGGAGUUUAAACUGAACAACCCGGAAAUGGUGGCUCAGAUGUGGGGCCAGAGAAAAAACAAACCAACGAUGAACUACGAAAAACUCAGUAGGGCGCUGAGGUACUACUAUGAUGGAGAUAUGAUUGCAAAGGUGCAUGGAAAAAGAUUUGUGUACAAAUUUGUGUGUGACUUAAAAAUGUUAUUGGGAUACUCAGCCGGUGAAUUAAAUAGACUUGUUACUCUGUGUGCCGAGAGAAAACUACAGCGAGUACGCGAAUCACUGCGACCAGGGAUCACAAAGAGGUUAGAUCAUCACAAGCCAACCAUUCUCACAACAACACAGGUCGUACAAACGAUGGAAUAAACUGCACCAUCCAAUUUUUCUGUGAUCCCAUAUUUCACUCCUUCAGGGUUGACCUAAUAUAUAUGCAACCUUAUUGUAGCAUUGUUGAAUUUUAAAAGUUUAAGUAUUUUCAGUGUAUGAAAGUAUCCACCAAAAAAAAAACCUAUUCAUUUAUUUCUUUUUACAUGACAAAACAGUGCCUACCCUUGAUGUGCACCUUGUUACAUAGGGGUUAAAAUUUUCCAGUUUGAAUAAAGAUUCACACAUCUUUGGAAAUUGAAAAGUACAGAGUAUGAUGGUUAACAUUCAUAUACAAUUUAUUUUUUAAGAACUGUGAAAACUGUAUUAAUAAAUAUUUAUUUGAAUGUAUGCAGUUCAAUCCUUUUGGAAGAAUUGUGAAUAUUGAGUAGAUUUCAGCAGGAUGUAUUUAAUAAUGUCAAACUUACUUGCUCAAUGUGACUUUAAUAGUUAAAUAUGUCUGUUACAUGUGCAUUUUAUUUGAAAUAUUGAUUUUUAUGAGUAAUUGUAUUUUCGUUGACUGUGCAUAGAUAAUGAAUUAUCUGUACAGUUUGUUAUUAAAGACAAUGUGCGGAUCUGAGUUUAGUGAAGAAAUCUUGGACUGAAAACACACUCUUCAACAGUUGUUUAAAUCUGUUGUAAACUAUCCAUUACUUUAAUUGUGAUGUAUCAUCACAUUCAUUAUUUCUACUGCUACAUGUACAUUACAUAUUUCAAGCUUUCAUUCAUUGUCCAGUAAUUGUUCCUAAUAUGUUGUUAAAUGAUUUCCAUCAUUCCAAUUUUUCUACUCACUUCUGUGAUUACAUUUAUGUUCAAAUUAUUGUCCUUCAGAUUAAUAUUUUCAGCACACUAGUAAUUGAUUUUAAAUUCACUUGUAACUUUCUUAAGGUUAGCAUUUUUUCUCCUUUUUACAAUGCCAUAUCAAUGAUAAAUAUGAAUUGGGGGGGGGGGGUCCUUUUUUUUCAGUUGAGAAAUUUUAGAUUUUGUCUUCUAUAUUUAAUCAAGCUAUUGAUAUUUUAUGUUAUUUAAUAAUAAGAAAUUUAAAUUGCUCUAAAUGUCUUUUUUUUUUCUUUUCUUUUUUUUCGUCGAAUUUAAAUCUACCUCAACUUUCAAUUGUCAGCAGAGCAAAUACUUGUCAAACAUUGUUAGGGAUAGUUUGAACUUGAGAAGACAUUAUGUUAUAUGUACAGUUUAAGUUGUUUUAUUUAUGUCUAUUUUCUGAUAAGGUCAGAAUAUGAAUAUGCUUACAAGUUUUUGUCCCUUUUUGUGAAUCUUGUGCAAUUUCAUACAUGUAUAUUGAAAUUGUAAUAAGAGUUGUGUACCUUUUAUUACUGCUUAUUCUAUCAACAAAAAGAAAUUUGGAGGGGGGGGGGGUCAAGUUUGGUUUUUAAAAAAUUAUCACUGCAUUUAGAUUGUUGAUUUCCUAAUGUGAUCUGCACAUAAAAUUGCCUCUUUGCUAAAAAGCAAGCUGAUGCAUGUACUCUUAUUUUUUUUUUAUAAUGUAUGGAAGGUAUAAAAAUGGUUUAUUAAAGCUUGAAUAAUAUUUGGAUUGGGGAAGGGGAGAUCGACUCAACAUCUUUGAAAAUGUAAGCUCUUUAUACCAUUAAAUGUACGCAAUCAUUUUGAUUUUGUUUGAAAUACAAUGACUUCUUUGGCAGAUGUGGCUGUCAAGUUGAGAAGAAAAAUAGUGCGUUCAUACAAAGAAUCACCAUUGUAUAUAACUUCUGUAAUGUGAUAUAAAUAUACACUUUGCAGUUGUAAAUAGCUUGAAAAAAAUGAAUAAAAGAAACUGUAAUAUCUAGAAA